AAACUCGCUGCUCUCCGGUUUCCGCAGCAGCAGGUUCGCCCCAUCCGGAGGGGGUGUCCCCAACUGCGGGGACAGGGGGCGCACUCCGCUAGCCCCAUUUUCCUUCUUGCCCUGCAGCCGUGCGCUGGAACCUUCGGCCGCACGCUCGCGCCGACCCGCCGGCACCCAGGCCGCAGCGCCGCGCCUGAAGAGAAUGGAAGGGCUUCAGAGGAGCAGAUACGGGACUAUGGCUGAAGGCGGAACAGAACAUAAGCAGUUUGCAACCUCGUCCUCAUUGAGGAUCAUCCUGGUGGGCAAAACAGGCAGCGGGAAAAGCGCCACCGGGAACAGCAUCCUCUGCCAGCCAGUGUUUGAGUCCAGGCUGGGGGCCCAGUCGGUGACCAGGAAGUGUCAGGGGGCAACGGGCACGUGGAACGGGAGGAGCAUCCUGGUGGUGGACACGCCCCCCAUCUUUGAGGCGAGGGCCCAGGACCAAGAGGUGUACGAGAACAUCGGGGACUGCUACCUGCUCUCGGCCCCGGGGCCUCACGUGCUGCUGCUGGUGACCCAGCUGGGGCGCUUCACAGAGCAGGACGUGGUGGCCGUGACCAGGGUGAAGGAGGUCUUUGGGGCGAGAGCCCUGAGACACAUGGUCAUCCUGUUCACCCACAAGGAGGACUUAGCGGACGGAUCCUUGCAUGACUAUGUAGCCAACACAGACAACCUGAGGCUGAGGGGCCUGGUCCGGGAGUGCAGGCAGAGGUACUGCGCCUUCAACAACCGGGCCUCCGGCGACGAGCGGGGGGAGCAGCUGGCCGGGCUGAUGGCCGUGGUCGAGGGGCUGGAGAGGGAGCACCAGGGCGCCUACCUCAGCAACGACCUCUUCUUUGAUGCACAGCGGCUCCAGCAGGGCGGGGGCGACCCCCACGGAGAAGAUCACGUGCGCUACCUGGCCAAGGUGCGGUCGCAUGUUGCAAAGCAAAAGCAAGGCCUGAAAGAGGCUCAGAGAAACCGUGCCUUCAAGGCGCUCCUCCGAGUCAAAAACUGGAUCAUUUCUCACAUCGGAAUAUUUGCUGUUCUUGUUAUAUGCUUUUUGAUUUUUCUUGCCAUUUUAAUUAGCUUGUGUAGAACUCACGAAUGCUGAGCAUUUUCAGAGGAUACCUGCCAUCAGCUUCCAUGUUUUCAGAGUCAGCAUCUUUGUCUAUGUUGAU